CCAGCCAUCUCACCAUCUCGCUCUCCAAUCUCUGCUCCAAACACUUCGAUCACCAACACCGGCCAAGCAAGCAAGUCAGCAUGGGCAGCAACAAGGCCGCGGUGUGCGUGCUGUCGCUCGUCCUGUGCAGCCUACUCGCCGCGAACACGGCGGCGGCAGCGGCGGCGGGUUGCGACGCGAGCGCGCUGAGCCCGUGCGUGGGCGCCAUCAUGCUGGGCGGGGCGGUGACGCCGGAGUGCUGCGCGCGGCUGCGCGCCCAGCGGGCGUGCCUGUGCCAGUACGCGCGCGACCCGUCGUACCGCGGCUACGUCAACAGCCCCAGGGCGCAGAGCGUCGUCGCCGCCUGCGGCCUCCCCAGGCCCAAGUGCUGAUCGCCGCUGUAGCCGCGCGCGCCAUAUACAUCGACUCCGCCCUAUGUGGCCGGCAUUGCGCACGAUGCCGGGCACCGGUGGACGGUGGUCUACGUAAUGUAACGUGUGGUUAAUUAUACGGUCGACGACAUCAUCGAGCUGGCACGUACGUGCCCGUGUGUGCGUGCGUGUACGGUUGAGUUGUGGACGCCUAAAUGAGUGAAGUCUGUUUUGAACCUUGAGGUUGUAGAGUGUGAUGCAAAUAAACCCUCAAGUCUAAAUCCUUGAA